AUGAAUACUGAACACAAGGUUUAUGUAAUGAAAAAGUGCCCACUAUCUGUUGUUAUUGCUAGUGUUGCUGAGAUUGCUCAAGUCAAAGUUAAAGUAAUUGAUAGGAAUGAAUUUACUGAAGAAAGACAGUCUAGUCUCAUCUUUGGGGAUAAAACACCAGUAAUAUCUACACCUUUUGGUGAUAUCUUUGGUAUUCAUAGCAUAUUGAGAUAUCUAGCUCGUUGUGCACCUGCAAGCUUCCUAUAUGGUGAGACAUUGUAUGAGUCCGCUCUUGUUGAUGCAUUAUUAGAAGGUUUUCAUAGUAAUAUUUUAAAGCCAAUAAAGGCUUUAUGUAGUACGGCUUGUCCUUCAGAAUGUAAAAGUGACAAAUCAGAGGUAGAUUUGGGAACUGUUCUAUCAAAUCUAGAUGAUUAUUUGCUAAGCCGCACUUUCCUUGCAGGUCACAGGGUGACUAUUGCAGAUAUCCUUAUUGCUGUAGUUAUAUGUUUUACAGUUGAUAUUUCUAAAGGAUCUCUAUCAAUUAAUGGACUAGUUAACUUAAGUCGUUUUGUUAAUACCAUUAUGAAUAACUAUAUCAUUAGAAAACAUUAUGAUAAUCUUAAGAAAUAUCAAACUUGUACAGAUUCUAACACUAAUACGAAAUCAAAGAAGGGAAACCCCUCUGAUAGCCUACCAAAGUCCUCCAUGAAUCUAGAUGAAUGGAAACGUAUAUAUUCUAAUACAAAAGAUCUAAAUGGAGUUGCAAUGCCAUGGUUAGUAAAUAAUUUUGAUCCAGAAGGUUUUUCAUUUUACUAUAUGAAAUAUAACAAGCUCCCAGAUGAAUUGGAUGUUCCAUUUAGAGCUAGUAAUAUGUUAGGAGGAUUCUUACAAAGACUAGAUAAUAGCUUUAGGAAACAUUCAUUUGGUGUUAUUAAUGUUGUUGGAGAUGAUGAUGAUUUUGAUUAUCAAGGUAUAUUCCUCUUUAGAGGUCAAGAUGUACCUGAAGAGAUGAGAUCUCAUCCAUCUUUUGAUUAUCAUUCAUUUAGUAAACUUGAUUUCCAAGACCCAGAGGACCAGAAAUUAAUUGAAGAUUAUUUAUGUAAUGAUGAUGAAGUUGAAGGAUUGAAGAUUCACGACUGUAAAGUAUGGAAGUAA